AUGCUCGAAGCCACUGUAAUGGACACGGUGCUGCAGAAGAGAGCUCAAAUGAGACGUUGGCGUACUAUUGACGCGCUGCCUUCGGAGCUAAUGAAACAAGUAGUUUCGUAUCUCGCUCCAACAUGUGUUGAAGAGAUGAAGCCAGGAUGUAAACUAGACCUCCAAAAUGCUAGCCUGGCGCAUUCAUGCUUGAGGGAAUGGGCGACAGAAUACCUAUUCAGGGAUAUGACGUUGACACAUAUUUUGCCAGGAGCAUCGUGUAAUCUAGAGCGCUUUGCAACCACUAAGCAGAAUGCCCACCUACUCGAUUUUGUGACGCAUAUUGUUGUCCAGGUUCCGCCAGCUAUCCGAACUGAUGAUAUGAGAAUGGGAAUAUCUUAUACUCCUGAAGGAGCCACUCGACAACGUCUAUAUCCACAGUAUGAUGGUUCACCUACUACGGAGUUGACGGACGAGCAACGAGAGUACUGGCUAAGAUACCAUGAAGCAAUGGUAGAACCAUUCUGCCAACUCUGGCGCUGGCGCCCACUCGUACAUAGCGCUGAAUGGAGUUUCGCCCGAAUAUUCGGUUACUUCAAAAACCUCACAUCCAUCUCCGUCGCAUGCUGCGAACGAGUCGACCACCCCCAGUCAACCUGCACUCACACCUUUAUCCAGCAAACCGGCAAAUCCGUUGUUGAGCAAGAAACCCCCCGCUUCAUAGAAGACCGAACCGUAAAUCUCGCCUGGGCCAGUGCCAUCAUCGUUAGAAAAGCUCCAUCACACGUCCAAACUCUCCAGCUCUCCCUCGCCAGUAUAGACAACUACUCCCCAAAUGGCACCGUCAGCGAAAUCCUCAGACGCGGCUACAUGUACCCCGAAGACGAGUUUCCCAACCUAGCCACCCUCACACGCCUCACCCUCAGCGUCCGCGGCACACCCGGUACCCAUGGCCACUUCUCCCCCGCAAACAGCAGUACCACCUUCAACGCAUUCUGGUUCUGGAAACUCAUGAUAAACAAAAUGUUGCAGCUCCAACACCUCGAGCUCGUCGACGACCUGGAUACAUCAUCUCAAACGAACUUCUCAGAUCUAGACUAUACAAAUCACACUGCGUCGGUUCUUCCCUUGCUGCUCCCGUAUCUCGAGCUUAACCAACUCAAGGUGCUAAGGCUGCGUGGGUUUGCGCUGCAGAAACAGGAUUUGGCAAAUGCACUUACGGGGCCGUGGCCGAGUCUGGAGAGAGUGGUGCUGAGUGGGAUUCGGCUUAUGGAUGGGUCGGACGACGAGUAUGCGGAUGCGGAGCAUAUGGAGGGGUUUACGUGGUUGGAGGUUUGUCGUGGGUUUGUGGAGAAGCGGCCUGGUGUGAGGCUGGAGCUUGAGAGGCCGUAUUCGACGUGUUUUGCGCUUGAUGCGGUGGCUGUAGAGGAGAGGUUUGUGGGGGAAUUAAGGAACAUAGAUGGGGUGGUUGUAACUCUUUGA